AUGUAUUUACAGAACCUGGAGUCUCAAGAUAAAAUCAAUGAAGAUAAUGUUGAGACAAGAGACACUGAAGGCGAGAAGGCUGUUGAAAAUACUUCAAGAGUUCAGGAAAAUACCUCAAGCAAUGACUCGGGCCAGUCAUUUAAAGGGACAAAUCCUCGGAAAAGGACGAUGCUACGAGACUAUGAUAACUUAUUGACAAAGGCCCAAAAUGUAGCCAACAGUGUCAAGAGCUCUGUUGUAUCAGAGAAUAAAUUCGACUUAUUUGGACUUAAUUUUACGACUUAUUUUUUUUUACCAAUGGAGUCGACAAUUGAAGCACAACAGUAUAUCCAAAAUUAUCUUUCUGGUUUGCGCUUGAAACAUAUCCGCCGUCAGUCUCAAACAUUGAAUUUCAUUUAUGAAAUGGUAGAAAACAGAACACAACCACAUUUUAUGUCGUCUCCUCCAACUUCAACCAUUUCUAGAAAUUGUUGA